AUGGAUAGCUCGGACGGUUUAAUAGGAGGGUUGGCGAGCGGCGACGGCGCGGCUCCGGCCGCCAUGAAGCGGGACCAGGACUCCACGGACGACUUCGAACACUUGGAUCGGGAAGGCAAGCGAGAGGAGGCGGACGAGGCGCCGCUCCUCAAACAGGACGCGGCGAGGCACGCCACACAGAGCUUCCUGGACAUGGAGCGAGACGAGCCGGUGGACACGGCCCGGGCGCCCUCCGCCGCCGACAAGAUGGACCACCUGGCCGACAAGUUCACGGACAGCGAGUCCGACGCGGACACGGCCGGGGAGUCGCCCCUGCAUCUCCCGGAGCCCCCCAAGGCCGCUCCCUCACCGGCUCCUGUCCCUGAACCCAAACCCGAACAGAAACCCGACACACUGGCGGAGUCUAAGCCGCUCGUGGAACAACCUAAACCGGAGGCCAAGCCGCCGGCGGAGGAACCCGCACCGGAGCCCGAACAGAGGAAGCCGGCCCCCACACCGGUGCAGAAGAAGCAGGAGGAGGCGAGUCCUCAGCCGGCCGUACAACCCCCGCCCCAGCCGGCGCGCGCUCCGGCCGCUCACGUCAUCGAGGCCGAGGUCAUCUUCUGCCAGAUAGGACUCGAAUGCGUUCAUCAAAGAGUUAGUCAUGAAAGUGGAAAGUGCGAGGGGUGGGUAGGCUCGUGGGGAUGGAGGGGCUGCUGGGCUCCCUCGAGUGGAACGGCGCUCGGAGCGAUGACCGCGCACCAGCUAACGGGCCCGCGCGCUGCAGACACCGACUACAAUGAUUCAUACACAUCCUAA